GCCGGAGCAGCUCAGUUGUUAUCAGUCCACCUGAUGGUCGUCAUCUUCGUCGUGGCUUAUUAUCAGCUCGAGGAUUUGUGCCAAUCUCCCUCAUCUUUAGUCUCUUUUUCCUGAUUCGAUUAAUUCAACAAAAAUUUGGGCCAACUGAAACGCGCUCAAAUUUUUGAAUCCUAAUCGAACGAGUGUACUUCUAUCUAUUGAAAUUUUCACAGGACUUUGAAACUUAACUAUUUUCAACUAUGGACCCCGAAGAAGAGAGAAGGCACAUGAUGCUGAAGGCUUUCCAGACGUUCGACUCUGACAAGAAGGGAUACAUCGAGUCGAGCAAAGUCAGCACGAUCCUGCAAAUGAUGAACUUGCCCUUUGAUAAGGAGGAGCUAACGAGAUCGCUGGUGGAACACGACCCUAAAAACACGGGAAAGAUCAACUUUGACGGAUUCUCUGCCAUCGCUUCCGACAUCCUCGAUGAAGAGGAUGACGAGGCGAUGCAAAAGGAGCUGAGGGACGCUUUCCGGUUGUACGACAAAGAAGGGAACGGCUACAUUACGACUCAAACCCUGAAGGACAUUUUGGCUCAAAUUGACGACAAGUUGACCAGCGACGAUUUGGAUGGAAUGAUUGAAGAAAUUGACAUUGACGGAACGGGUCGAAUUGACGUCGAAGGUUUCGUGAACAUGAUGUGCAGCUAGCGUGUCAUCACGCUCGUCGCCAACAAUAAACCAGCAGUCGAUGUUUUACUAUCUGGUGCAACUGCUGGGCGUGGGGAAAUGUUUGAUGUGUGAUGGGAGGGGGCGGUCAAACGAAUCAAGUUGCUUAAAAAAUUCAUUCAUUUCAACAACCAACCAACCAACUUUCUUCAUGUUCUCUGCUGCUGCAAGGAAACAUCUUUAAUCGUCACCGGAGGCAACAAUUUAUUUUACCAAAAUUUGUGCAACAAUUGGAGAAAGUGUGUAAUAAGUAGAGAGAGUUGGGCAAUAUCAAAUGUCACGUUCCGCAUCAUUGAUUUGUCGUUUGGUUAUAUGAAUCGAUUCUUUUAGGCUAUUCUGUCGAGUGUAUAACGCCAAGUGUGUGCCAACAUGGGUAGAUUGAAUAUCAAUUCAAACAAAAGGAAACAAAUGAUUUAAAAUACACGCUGCUGAUGUGCAGCACGCUUGUGCAA